AGAAGGCAUCUUUCGUUUUUUAGGUGAGUUUUGCCCACUUGUUUGAUUUUGCGCUGGUCUUUUUGAAGUGGAGAUCGAUUGAUUGGAAGCUCGUCUAUUCAUACCUGAAACCUAAUUUCCAAAAAGAGGUUUUUGGGUCUUUUUUUAAGCAGGAUUGGUAGCAAGGGAAGUAAAGCUUUGAUCUUUUUUUCUAGGUUGCCGCUUUUCUUACAUCACACGUUCGCAACUCUAUUGAGCUUUUCCUUCCUGCGACGAAACAAACUCUUCUCCUUUUCCUUUUGAAAGAUUGAAGGACAAGGGUUUGUUUUUUUUUCUGAACUAGUGCAACGAGUGGGAUCUGUGGUUGAUGAAUUGGCCAGAGAUUAAGCCGGGGGUGGGGUUUUGCUAAUGAUUGCGAUUUGUUUGAUGCUGGGGAUUUUUUGAUGAGGGUGAACACCUCUCCUUUCCACUGCCCUUCAUAUUGCUUCUCUAAGCCAGUGCCACCACCUCGACCACCGCCACCCCCGCCAACUCCUCCGGUUCAGUACCAACCUUUAGGUUUGGAAACCGAGGAUUCCGACCACCAUACGUCUUGUAAGUCUUCUGCAGGUUCUCUUGCUGUUGAGGAGAAAUUAUGUGAUGGCAAGGUCGAGAUUGAUGAAAAUGGCGUAGAUGGAAGAAAAAGGGAAUUUAUUCUAAAGAGCAGCAUGAAGAAGAUGAGCUCUUCGGCUUCAAAAGAUAUCGUCCGAGAAUGCGUCAAGUGGAUGGAUGACCUGGGGGAGGAGCUUGUGGAGAUCAGGGAGUUUGAUCCAGUUGAAUCAGGAGAAUUUGAUGAUGAGAUGAAUGGCUAUCCAGCCUGCACCUGUGUUAUUCUAUGAGCUCAGUAAACAAUCUCGAGUAUUCUUUAAGGGUCUGAGAAGUUCUGAAUUUUGUAAGUUCUAUCGAGCAAAGACCUCAGAUUUCUGCCUAAGGUUUGCCUUUUGUGGUUUACAUUUUAUUUUCUGAGGUGCUUUGUUCAUCUUCAGCUUUGUUGGCUGCAACCAUGUUAAGUUUGUAUUAUUGUUUUCUUGGGUUUCCAGCAAAGUUAGUAAUCAAUCCCAAAAUUGUAUUACGUUCAAUCUGUUUGGAGAAUGGGAUGUUUCUUUAUCGCAUAACAUCUCUUAAUAUACGUAGAAAGAAUUCUUAUAGCUUGCAUUGAACUGUAAUGCUGUAUGGUAUUGGUGUUUGCAUCCAGUAUUUUGGUGAAUCUAUUGGUGUUCCAUGAAGUAUUAUGGAGAAUACUUCUUUGCUUGUAUACUUCAUGGCCCGGCUCUUCUCAGGACUAGUAUUUAACAUGUUCUUGCAAAAAA